UCGAGGGGUGGCGGUGCGGUAGCUACGCGGCGACUCGCGCCGAAACAACCCUCAGUGUGAAACUUGUCGCGCACGGUUACGGUUACGGUUACGGUUACGGUUUCGGUUACAGUUACGGGUACAGGGCACAGGUAUAGGUACAGGUACAGGUAGGAGAUACGGGUACGGGAACGGGUACUGGUUACGAAUUACGGGUACGGGUGCGGUAACGGACUAUUCGUCUUAAAAUUUUCUCUCGUGCCUCGACACAAGAUCUCGCGUAGCGUGUAUAGGAGAGAUAUUUGAAUCUGUUCUCGGUGACGUUUAGUCGUGUGCUUCGAUCCUCAUCGGCGAUCACCGUGUCUCUCCGGGCAGUGCGACUUUGUAAUCUCUGUUUGUUGGACGGAAAAGAAGAGCGGUCAGAAUUGGUCGGGUGACGGCCCGAAUUCGAGCAAAUUCGAGGAGGAGAACGACGAUACCAGCGAUCGACGAUCCCAGGCAAGACUGCGGAGUGCAUCGUCUCGAUGGCAGUUCGGAUCGGCGAGCGUUGAGAGCAGCAUGAGCCGCUGAAGGGGCGCUUUCCGGCUCGCGGAAGUGGACGAGAAGUGGCGGCACCGCGAGGAAGAUGAGAGUCCCAGAAAGUUGAAGUAAAAACCUGCACAACGAACAGCAACAGCCUGCCUCGUCCAUUGCGACCAGCCAAAUAUCUCACGUUAAGAUGACAUAGAAUGGGUUGGGUGGCGCUUGGGCGGUGUGCGGGUGGUGGCGGCCGCCUCUCGUCCGUCCUCUCGCUGUCUCUCACCUCCCUCGCAAGCUCCCUCAUCUUCACCAUCCUCUGUAUCCUCACACUUGCCCUCACUCUUGUCACCCUCGUGCGUGCCGAGGACAUCUUCGAGGAGGGCAAGUCGGACAAGGAGAUCCUGGACAACUUGCUGCUGUCGACCCGUUACGACAAGCGGCUUCUGCCCCCGGUCCAAGAUGCGGAUUUCUGCUGCGGAAUGCGAUGGCCUGGUGACGCCACCAGCCUGUCGAACCGGUCGUCAACCUCCUCUAACGACCCCAAGAACCAGUACAAGAACCAGAACAAUAACCACUACACGCCGCACCAACACCUUCGCACCCACCUUCGCGGAACCUUGACCGUGAACGUGAGCGUGCUGUUGCUAAGUCUGGCGUCCCCGGACGAGUCCAGCUUGAAAUACGAGGUGGAGUUUCUGCUGCAACAACAGUGGUACGACCCGCGGCUGCGCUACAGCAACCGAUCGCAGUACGAGUUCUUGAACGCGAUCCACCAUUACGACGACAUCUGGUUGCCGGACACGUACUUCAUAAUGCACGGAGACUUCAAGGAUCCGCUCAUACCCGUUCACUUCGCCCUACGGAUAUACCGCAACGGCACGGUCAACUAUCUUAUGAGGCGUCACCUCAUCCUAUCCUGCCAGGGUAGACUGAACAUCUUCCCCUUCGACGACCCACUGUGUUCAUUCGCGAUCGAGAGCAUAUCGUACGAGCAAACGGCGAUCACGUACGUGUGGAAGAACGACGAGGGUACUUUGCGGAAAAGCCCGAGCCUGACGUCGCUGAACGCGUAUCUCAUUAAAAACCAGACAAUCACGUGUCCGAUCAAAGUAAGCUGGCGAGCUGACGGACAGAUCAUGGUCGACUACGAGGACGAGUUCGAUGAAUUCGGGGACUCAAAGUGCUCGCUGUGCCAGCGCAGGUUUGAGGAGCAAGGUAACUACAGCUGCCUGAAGGUGGAUCUGAUUUUCACGCGAGAUCGUGCCUUCUACUUCACGACGGUCUUCAUCCCGGGGAUCAUUCUGGUGACCAGCUCCUUCAUCACCUUCUGGCUCGAGUGGAACGCCGUGCCGGCGAGAGUGAUGAUCGGUGUGACGACGAUGCUCAACUUCUUCACGACGUCGAACGGUUUCCGGUCGACGCUUCCGGUCGUGUCGAAUCUGACUGCCAUGAACGUGUGGGACGGCGUGUGCAUGUGCUUCAUCUACGCCAGUCUACUCGAGUUCGUUUGCGUGAACUACGUCGGCCGGAAGCGGCCGAUGCACAACGUCGUCUAUCGUCCCGGAGAGAAUCCCGUGACCCAGCGGCUCCCAGCGGUGCUCAGCAGGAUAGGGAUAAUAUUGGCCAGCCCCUUGGGUAAAAAGAAGCGAGAGGGCGGUCCGCCACCAGGAGCUACGACAGGACCGAACGAGAUCGUGACCUGCACCAACUGUGGACCUAAUCCCUGCACGCAUACGGCCACCAACGGAUGCACCGCCGAGCUGAGAAAAAAGGAGCCGCCGCAUCCGAUCCGCGUAGCGAAGACGAUCGACGUGAUAGCGAGAAUCACCUUCCCGGUCGCCUAUUUCAUGUUCCUCACCUUUUUCUUCAUCCACUAUAAGGGCACCUCGUAGACCGGCACUGGGCACCGGAGGAGGCGAUCGUCGAGAGGACUCUCCACCGGUCGAUCGUCGAAUCGAAGGAAAAUCGACGGACUGUCCGCGUGUUUCGCGCGGUUAUCGACGGCUGUUCGUAGAAAAGAGAAGAGAAGAGAAGAGGAGGGUAAGAAGCGCAGAGAAGAAAAUCAAGGAUCGGCAAAGAUCUGUGACCGGGAGAACGCGAAGGAGGGGCGCACUCUCGCAUCGUAUUGGUGGAUUAGCCUUUUUCUCGUCCUUUACUCACUACACGCGAUUACGGUUAAAAGCACAAUUUCCCGACGAGUUCGAUCCAGCGACCGAUCGACAACGAACUCACACGAACACAUGUACACAAACACGAAACACGCAGCGAAGAUGGCCAAAGAGAAGAAAAAGUAGAAAGAGAAGAGAGGGAGAAGGAGAAGGAGAAGGAGGAGGAAGAGGAUUGAGUAUAAACGGAAGAAUAUGCGCGUAGAACACGGAACACGAUAAACACGUACACACGCUCGAUUUCUUGACUUCUUUUCUUCUCUUGUCGGAUAGUCACGCCGCUAAUUCGAAGACGCUUCUCUGACAAAUUAGCUGAACGAAUCAAAUCUUCGUAAUGUUUAAGGAAAACGUGUUACCACUUACUCUCGUAUAAUCUCACAGACGGUAAGAAUUAUAGGGGUAAGGUCGAUGCAAGUGUCGUCCAUGAAAUCGCUAACUCGUGAUUCGCCUUUUACUUAACGAUCGACCUCUUUCUUUUUUCGGUAUCUUGUUAUCGAUUAAACGGCAUUCGCGGCAAGCUCGACGCGAUCGCGAGCAUUCUUAGCUCUGUAUUCGUGUAGACGUUUAAGCGAGAUAAAAACCAAAAAACCAGAUGUAAAAUGAAAAAAAAAACACUACGAAAAAUCACAAAAAAAGUACCAUCGACAGACGAUGAAUUAUAAGAAAAGAAAAGACGUUCGCUUUUAAACCGACGCGCGGUGGGGAGCAGGGCUGCAAAGCAUACAAUUCCGCUGUACAAAAAGAAAUAAACUAUAUGUAUAUAUACACAUA